AGCACCCGUCCAACAUGGCGGCGCAGCGCAGGACUUUGAUGCAAAGCCAUCAGAGCUGGACCGACGACCUGCCGCUGUGUCAGAUGUGUGGCGUCGGCUCAGCCACCAACUGUGUGUACAGUCCUGACGAUAAAGGAACCCAGAGCCAUCCCAAUGAGGACGGAUACCUCCGGUUCAGAGGCGAGGAUGGCUGCUUCCUGUACGGGGUUUUCAACGGGUACGAUGGCGGCAGAGUUGCCAGCUUCGCCUCCCAGUGUCUGACCGCUGAGCUGCUGCUGGGUCAGCUCAAAUCCAACCACACGGACAGCGACGUCCGCAGGAUCCUCACUCAGGCGUUCGACGUGGUGGAGAAGAGCUACUUCGAGACUAUAGACCAUGCUCUGGCGGAGAAGGCUCACCUCUCCACCUACGUCCUGCCGCACAACGAGAAUGUGUCCUUCCACCAGCUUUCUCCUCAGAGUCAGAAGGUGCAGGAGCGUCUGAAGGAGCUGGAGCAGGAGGUGUCGGGAGGAGCUACAGCUGUGGUGGCGCUGAUCCUCAACAACAAGCUCUACAUCGCUAAUGUUGGGACCAACCGGGUGCUGCUGUGUAAGUCCAGCAGCGACGGCCAGAACCAGGUUCUCCAGAUCGGCCGACCACACAACACCGACAAUGAGGAGGAGCUGCAGCGACUCGCCGCUCUGGGUGUUGACUCUGCUCGUGUGAGGCAGGCGGGACAGAUAGCGGGACAGAGCAGCACCAGGAGACUGGGAGACUACCGGGUCAAACUAAACUACACGGAAAUCGACCUGCUCAGUGCUGCAAAGACAAAACCAAUCAUUGCGGAGCCUGAGAUUCCCGUCAGCCAAUCGUUGGACAGUGUGACGGGCUUCUUGUUGCUCUUGUCAGAAGGACUAAUCAAUGCUCUGGAGUCGGCCCACGGCACCGAACAGGCCAAUCAGGAAAUUGUUGCCAUGGUAGCAGCAGAGCUGGCCCUGCAGACCAGUCUGGAGGCCGUGGCUCAGUCGGUGGUGGAGCGCGUCAAGCGGCUGCACCACGACGUCUACGUGUCCGGCCGUCAGAGGGCGAGCUACUGCUCUCAGCACGAGGACAUGACUCUGCUCAUCCGGACGCUCAACUACCCGCUGGCCGAGGGAGCGCUCACACCCACUCAGGGGGGCCGUGUCUACCCUGUGUCUGUGCCCUACUCCAACAGCCAGAGCACCAGUAAAACCAGCGUCACCCUCUCACUGGUCAUGCCCUCCCAGAACACCCUCACCAAUGGAACCAACACCGCCUCCACCUUAGAGGAAGGCACCCCCACUCCAGGCAGCCAGAGCCCCACGGCGACCCUCCAGUCCACCAACACCCAGACGCAGAGCUCCAGCUCCAGCUCGGGAGACGGGAGCCUGUUCCGUCAGAGAGGAUCUCAGGCGGCGCAGCCCGACGAGACGGGCCGAGUCCCGCCCUACGUGGACUUCACUCAGUUCUACAGCCUGUGGGGGAGUGACCACUGUGACGGCCAGAGCACCCAGGGAGGCCUGGGACCCCAGUGAGGAGGAGGAGGCACGUGGAGUUUGAGACUAUAAGAGGUGUUUGGGCUAUUAAUGUAUCAUAACUAAAGAUAAGUGACCUAAAGGUGCAUGAGGACGCAUGGAGGACGGACAGAGGUUUCCACGGCCUUGCUAUCAAAGAACUGUGAAGCCAAGUUGAAAAAUUGUGAGGAAAAAGUUUCACGACACGCCACGAAAUGAUCUUCGCUCUUCCGUAACAGAUGCUGGUGAUGAGUGAUUGUGAAUAUAUGUAAUCCAGAUUGUAGCCAUUUUUGUCAGGUGUAAAAAAACAACGUGUAGGAAUCUCACAGACCUAAGAAUUUGUAGAGCUGAGAGUGAUUACAAACUCUCAGGCCUUAAUAUGGGAUGAAAUAAUGCGUUUGAAAGUAUUUUUUUUAUAUGUACUGAAAUAUAUCACACAAAUGAA